AUGAUAGCUCAAAGAAUUGCUGCUACUCUAUCUAAUGUCACAAGAGGUGGAGUUAGGAAUGAAGGCAAUGUAGGGACCGCUAUAACAUGUACCUACAAAGACUUUAUGAAUUGUAAACCUAAGGUCUUACAAGGAAACGAAGGGGUUGUUAAUUUGACCAAGUGGAUUGAAAAGACAGAGUCCGUAUUUCUAAUAAGCUUCUGUCCAAAUGAUUGUAAAGUACGAUUUGCAGCUUGUACUUUUACUGAUGCAUCACUUACAUGGUGGAAUAGCCAUGUAAAUAAAAUGGGAAUUGAUACUGCAAAUUCCAUGAAAUGGGAAGAGCUAAAGAUGAUGCUAGUAGAGGAGUAUUGUCCUAGAGAGGAAAUACAAAAGCUGGAUCAGGAACUGUGGACCCUAACCAUGAAGGGUUUAGAGAUAAAAGCUUAUACCGCCAGAUUUAAUGAUCUUGCAGUAAUAUGUCCAAAACUUGUAACCCCUGAAUAUAAGAAGAUUGAUCGAUAUAUCUGGGGUUUAGCAUCGCAAAUCAAAGGCAUGUUGAUCGCAUCAAAGCCUACAACUUAUGACAACAGCAAGAGAAUAGCUCACCAGCUAACCCUCACAGAGAUCAAAGGAGCAGUAGUGGUCUCAAAUGAUAAGUGUCCCAAAUCUGGAACAAACAAGCACAAGUUUAAUGGGAAGAAUCCCAGAAAAUCAACUGAGAAAAGACAAGACGUAGCAACCAAUUACGUAGCCACGACGGCAGAAACCCCUCAAUGA